CCUCCAGGCUGCUGCCGUUGCUUUCCGGCAGGAGAAGCUCCGAUACCGGAGAUCGUCGCCCUCGGCGGCCAAUCCGAUGGCAAGAGCUCUCUCCUUGAGGCUCUCUUAGGGUUUCGGUUCAAUGUUCGCGAGGUCGAGAUGGGAACCCGACGCCCUCUCGUUCUUCAAAUGGUCCAUGAUCCUACGGCCCUCGAGCCCCGGUGUCGGUUCCAGGAGGAAGAUUCGGAAGAAUAUGGAAGUCCAAUGGUGCUGGCGUCUGCAAUUGCUGAUCUUAUAAGAUCCCGGACAGAGGCACACCUAAGAAAGGUCCAAGCUGCGGUCUCAGCAAAACCAAUCGUGAUGAGAGCAGAAUAUGCUCACUGUCCCAAUCUCACAAUCAUUGACACCCCCGGUUUUGUUCUUAAGGCAAAGAAGGGUGAACCAGAGAGUACACCUGAGGAAAUUUUAUCAAUGGUGAAGUCGCUAGCUAGUCCUCCACAUCGAGUUCUCUUGUUCCUCCAACAAAGUAGUGUAGAAUGGUGCUCUUCACUCUGGUUAGAUGCUAUUCGUGAGAUUGAUCCCACUUUCAAGAGGACAAUUAUCGUCAUUUCCAAGUUUGAUAACCGGCUGAAGGAGUUUACUGAAAAGUGGGAAGUGGAUAGUUAUCUUAGUGCGAGUGGUUAUCUUGGAGACAACAUACAUCCGUACUUUGUAGCUCUGCCAAAAGAUAGAGGCACAGUGUCUAAUGAGGAAUUUCGAAGGCAGAUUUCUCAAGUGGACAGUGAUGUGCUGCGUCAUCUUCGUGAAAAUAUCAAGGGAGGAUUUGCUGAAGAGAAGUUUGGUUCUUUUAUCGGUUUCAAUUGUCUCAGACAGUACUUGGAAUCAGAGCUUCAGAAAAGGUACAAAGAGGCAGCUCCAGCAACACUUGCCUUGCUAGAUCAGCGUUGCGGUGAAGUCUCCAGUGAGUUGGCUCGGAUGGAAUCAAAGAUACAGGCCACUUCUGAUGUUUCUCAUCUUCGAAGAUCUGCCAUUCUAUAUACUGCUUCUAUUUGCAGUCAUGUGGAAGCUUUGAUUGAUGGGUCGGCAGAUCCUGCUCCUGAACAAUGGGGCAGAACUACUGAUGAAGAACGGUCAGAAAGCAAUAUAGGGAGCUGGCCCGGUGUAACAGUUGCUGUGAAGCCACCAAACUAUUCCCUUAAGCUUUACGGCGGAGCUGCAUUUGAGAGAGUAAUGCAUGAAUUUCGCUGUGCUGCAUAUUCAAUUGAAUGCCCACAAGUCUCAAGGGAAAAGGUUGCGAAUAUUCUACUUGCGCAUGCUUGUAGAGGCGGAGGUAGGGGAAUAUCGGAGGCUGCUGCUGAGAUAGCACGUGCAGCUGCACGGUCAUGGAUUGCUCCUCUGCUCGAUACUGCCAUUGAGCGGCUUUCUUUUGUUUUGAAAAGUCUGUUUGAUCUGGCUAUGGAGCGAAACCGCAGCCAUGACUCAGAUUAUCGGAGGAAAAAUGGAGACAUGGAUGGAUACAUUGGUUUUCAUGCUGCUAUAAGGGGCUCCUAUAAUAACUUUAUUCGUGACCUCUCCAAGCAGUGCAAGGAACUGGUUCGUCAUCACCUUGAUUCAGUGACAAGUCCCUAUUCGCAAGUUUGCUAUGAAUAUGAUCUUGUCGGUUUUGCUAGAGGCAGUCAGCUUCCAACCACCAAGUUUUCUCUUGAUCUAUCAGAAUGUGGAACGUUCCAAGAUCAAAACCUAGACACUGAUCAGGAGAAUAUACCCCCAAAAGAUCAGCAACAAACAACACCUGGAAAAGGAACUGAGCACAGAGAAGCUCUCAGAGAAAGCCAAUUGACAGUUCCCGAGACGCCAUCCCCUGAUCAACCAAGUGACCUUAGUUUUGGGGUUAAGAAAAAAGAAAAUGGCGUAGACAUGGGAGCAAGAAAACGGCAUUCAAGAGUCUUAACCAAUGGAAGAAACUCUACCCAAAACCAAAAUGGAGGUCUUCUAUUUCGUGCAAGUGAAUUGGGGACGAGACCAGUGUCAUCGUACUCAGAUAUAUGCUCGUUAGCUGCUCAACAUUUUGCAAGGAUUCGAGAAGUUUUGAUUGAGAGAAAUGUUCCUUCCGCCUUGAACUCUGGAUUCCUAACUCCAUGCCGAGAGAGACUGGUUGUUGCACUUGCAUUAGAUCUUUUUGCGGUGAAUGAUGAAAAAUUCAUGGAUAUGUUUGUUGCACCCGGGGCAAUCGAUAUCCUUCAUAGCGAGCGUCAGUCCCUCCAGAAGCGUCAAAAGAUUUUGCAAUCUUGUCUGAAUGAAUUCAAAAACAUAGCUCGGGCACUUUGAAGUAGAUUGCAGCGAAAUGACUUAAAGAGUUCAGUGGAUAUUGCGAUCUCAUAUUUUCGGUAAGCAGAGCAAUUUAUAAAAGAAAGCGCGCCCUUCGCUGUUUCUGCCUGUAAUGUCCUUUGUGUUCAUUUUAAUCCUGAGAAGGUAUAUUCUCAUUUAUUGCUGUCAGUCUCAUCCUUGGAGACUGUUCAACCUUCUUGUAACAAUUCUGAUGUAUGUGCUUCAUACAUUUUCUUCCAUCAAGUCGGAUGCAUUCAAUCAUUCCCUUUAUCUUAAUAAAUCAUGAAUAUUUCACAUU